GUAACGUGCGGCGGCUGCGUCGCUCCUGCGCUUCCUUCCUCUUAUCCCUCCUCCUUCCCCUCCGCAGGCGCCGGGCCAAGCCCGCCGGGCCGGCAGGGAAGGCGCGUUCCGCCGGGACAGAGGCCGGGCGCGGCCCCCGCCGCCGCGGCGGCGCCAUGAUGAGGCGAACGAAGCCCGAGGUGGAGCGCUACGUCGCUUCCUUGCAGGCCGCGGCUCCAUCCCCCAGAGAGAAAUCGAUGAAAGGAUUCCUCUUUGCUAAGCUGUAUUUUGAAAUAAAAGAAUAUGAACUUGCUAAAAGAUAUAUAUCUACAUACCUCAAUGUACAAGAGAGAGAUCCCAAAGCACACAGAUUUCUUGGACAAAUUUAUGAAGCUGAGGAUAACAUAGAAAAAGCUUUUGGGUGUUACAAGCGUUCUGUGGAGUUGAACCCAACACAGAAAGAUCUUGUAUUGAAGAUUGCAGAGUUACUAUGCAAUAAUGACAUUACUGAUGGAAGAGCAAAAUAUUGGGUUGACAGAGCUGCUAAGCUCUUUCCUGGGAGCCCUGCUAUUUACAGGUUGAAGGAGCAGUUACUGGAUUGUAGAGGUGAAGAUGGGUGGAAUCAGCUUUUUGACCUGAUUCAAGCAGAACUUUAUCAAAGACCAGAUGAUGUCUACAUAAACAUCAGACUAGUUGCGCUCUACCGUUCAAAUAACAGAUUAAAAGAUGCUGUGCUCCACUGUCAGGAGGCAGAGAAGAGAAUACCUUUGCAGUCAAGCUUGGAAUGGUGCUCCUGUGUUGUAGAGACCUUUGAGGAAUAUCUGGAAUCUUUACAAGACUUGGAGUCUGAUAAAAAUAACUGGAGAACUAUCAAGAAAGAUCAUCUGCUGGCCUAUUCCAGCUUUGUCAAACUGACACUUUCUUCUAGAGAUGUUCAGGAAUGCAGAGAGGCACUUGAAAGUUUUGAUCGUGCACUUCAGUCAGUGAAGCCAUAUGUGAGUGUGGCUGACGAGUUGUCUCGUACCUUUGUGGAAAUGAAAGGACAGCUGUACAUGCAUGCUGGAGCUUUGCUGCUGAAAAUGGCCCAAGACAAUGAGGCACAGUGGAGAGCUGUGUGUGAACUAGCAGCAUUGUGUUAUCUCCUGAGUUUCCAGGUUCCUAAACCAAAGUCAAAGCUCAUAAAGGGGGAUCAAACUGGACAAGAUAUGCUAGAAAUGUUGGCCUGUGAUCGAAAAAGCCAGUCUGGUCAUAUGCUGCUGAACUUAAGUCAUGGCAAGCAAGACUUCUUUAAAGAGAUUGUGGAAUCAUUUGCAAACAAGAGCGGUUCAUUUGCAUUGUUUGGUAGCCUGUUUGAGAGUGGAGCUUCUAGGGAGAGGUCUUUUAUCGGCACAGAUGAUAUUGGAAAUGUCAGUACACAAGUACCAGUGCAAGGGGAACUUCAUAAAUACGAUAUUGGUGCAGUUCGAUUGCACAACGGCAGUCUCCAGCACCUCGUGUGGCUUGGCUUGCAGUGGAACUCUAUGUCAGUCUUGCCUCCCAUGCGCAAGUGGUUAAAACAGCUUUUUCACUUGCCCCAAGAAACAUCAAGACUUGAGACAGAUGCUCCUGAAUCUAUUUGCCUGUUAGACCUUGAAGUAUUCCUACUUGGGGUGGUAUUCACUAGCAACUUACAACUGCAAGAGAAGUUUAAUUCUCACUAUAGUGCACAUCAACCUCAAUUCUUGCCAUUGCCAAUAUGCAAGCAAUUCUAUACCGAAAAGCAAAGAUCCUGGUGGGAUGCUGUUCGUACUCUUCUUCAGAGAAAAUCAAUACCAGGAACAGCAGCAAAACUGAGGCUUAUUGUACAGCAUGGCAUAAGUACUCUGCGAACACUGGAGAAGCACGGCCUUCAACCUGCCUUAAUCAUACACUGGGCAAAAAGCUUGCAGAAAACAGGAAUUAACCUUAACUCCUUCUAUGACCAGAAGGAAUAUAUUGGACGAAGUGUCUACUACUGGAAGAAAGUUCUGCCUAUGCUGGAAACUAUCAAAAAGAAGAGGAGUAUUUCUGAACCUACUGAUCCUCUCUUCAAACACUUCCAUAGUGUAGACAUUCAGGUCUUUCAGGUUGCAGCGUAUGAAGAAGAGGCACAGAUAGCAUUUGCUAUGUUGGAUGCAGUUGAUGGCAAAAUUGAUGAUGCUUUAUUAGCAUUUGAAGCUAUUGAGAAUGUGGUUUCAUACUGGAAUCUUGCUGUGAUUUUCCAAAGAAAAGCAGAAGAGAUUGAAAAUGAUGUUAUGCUGCCAGAAGAGCAUGAGGAGCACAAAACCUACCUUCUUAAAGCCAAGUAUUAUCUAAUGAAAAUUAUUGCAGAAAGCUCCUCAGAUAUGUCAUUAACUGAGAAAUUGCCAGUGUCUAUUGAAACUGUGAGGGAAGUGUUAGAUUCAGUGAUCCAGGAACUUGGUGAGAAUGGUGAAGAGGAAAGUCUUGCCUUCAGAAAUGGUCUGUCACGAACUGUAGAUUCAGCAAUGAAACAUUCCACUCCGUCACCAACCAAAUUCUCUCUUUCACCAACUAAGACCUACAAGUUUUCUCCAAAAACUCCCCCUCAGUGGGCAGAAGACCAUAAAUCUAUACUUCAAAUGAUUUGUCAGCAAGUGGAAGCUUUAAAGAAUGAAAUGCAAGAAAUGAAACUUAAUAAUUCCAGCACAAAUGCAUCUCAUCGGUGGCCUGCUGAAAACUAUGGAACAGAUACAAUGCCAGAUAGUUAUCAGAGAGCACAAAAUCUUCAUGAAGCCCCGUUAACAGUUGCUACCACUGGCCCAUCUGUAUUCUACAGCCAGUCACCUGCCUAUAACUCUCAGUAUCUUCUGGGAACUGCUGCAACCAAUGUAACACCAACAAAGCCUCCUGUCUAUGGCAUGAACCGACUUACACCUCAGCCACAUAUAUAUUCCUAUCAACCACCACCAAUGCAUACGCCACCUCUGCAAAACACUUCUGGUUGUAUGUUUUCCCAAGAAAUGUAUGGCCCACCUCUGCGUUUUGAUUCUCCUGGUACUAGCCUCAUUUCCCCUCGUACGGGUGAUGACUACUACAACUACAGUGUCCCACAGGCAAGCACCAAUCCAACACUGCCUAAACCGGGGUAUUUCACAAACCGUUCAGUCACGCCGCCCACUUUAAAGCCUGCAGAACCAAAAGCAAUGCCUAAAUUUGGACAGCCGGGAACAGCAGAAGGAUCAAAAACGCCUCUGCCAACAUCAGCACAGCCAAGUCAGCCGACAACUUUUAAAUUUAAACCUAACUUCAAGUCUAAUGAUGGAGACUUCACUUUUUCUUCUCCCCCUCAAGUUGCACCACAGCCUCUUGGUGCACCUUUUAAUAGUAGAGAAAGCCUCUUGGAUCUUCUGACAUCUGAUAAACCUUUACAGGAUGAUAGAUACAUUGAACAAAAGCCAGUUAACGAUCCCACAAGUAGUUCAAGAAAUAUCUUCAAUUUUAGCAGUAAACAUAUUCCAGGCAUCUCUCUUCGAGAAAACACAGGCCAAAAUGCACACAAAAACAUGGGUUUUGAGAAGAAUGAUACUCUUAGCGUUCAAGAACCAAGUAAACCUGUAUUUAUGGCUUCAAAUUCAGAUUUGGCCAAUAGAAGUCAUGAAACAGAGGGAGGAAGCACCCAUGGUGGAGAUGAGGAUGAUGAUGGUCCUCAUUUUGAUCCUGUGGUGCCACUUCCUGAUAAGAUUGAAGUAAAGACAGGUGAGGAAGAUGAAGAAGAAUUCUUCUGCAACAGGGCCAAGCUCUUCCGUUUUGAUGCAGAAUCUAAAGAAUGGAAAGAAAGAGGUGUUGGAAAUGUGAAAAUACUGAAACAUAAAGUAUCUGGCAAAUUUCGUCUCUUAAUGAGACGGGACCAAGUUCUGAAAAUCUGUGCAAAUCACUACAUAAAUACUGACAUGAAAUUAACUCCAAAUGCUGCAUCAGAUAAGUCAUUUGUAUGGCAUGCAUUAGACUAUGCAGAUGAAUUGCCCAAACCAGAACAGCUUGCAAUUAGAUUUAAAACACCUGAAGAAGCAAUGCUCUUCAAAAAGAAGUUUGAGGAGGCACAGAAUAUUUUAAAAUCCUUGGGAUCAAAUGCUGACACAUCUGUGGCUCAGAACACUGGGACUGCAAAAGAAACAGCAAAUCAGGACACCAGGGAGCCUAGCAGAACCAUUUCUGGGACCAUGAACUUGGGCUUUCAGUUUUCAAAAGAUGGAGCAAGCAGUGAACCUGACAGCAAAGGCAGCCUUACAGCUACAUCCACUGCAUCUAGCACUACUAUUUCAUUUGGAAAGGAUGCUCAGCAAGCCUGUUCUUCUGGUGGGUUUGGGCAGCAUCUCUUGAAGAAGGAUCAGUGGGAGUGUAAAGAAUGUUCAGUUCCAAAUGAAGCAGCUGCAAAGAAUUGCCUAUCAUGUCAAAGUCCAAAUCCAGGUAUGUGGGAAACACAUGGCACCCCAUUAACUGGCUCCGCAAGUUUCAAAGCGAGUGGUAACAACACACUGCAGGACAAGUUUGGCUCUGCUUUUGCUAAAAAGGAAGGUCAGUGGGACUGCAGUGUCUGUUCAGGAAGAAAUGAACCUACUGCCUCCAAGUGUAUCAGCUGCCAGAAUCCAAACAAAACUAAUACAGUGGUAUCUGGUCAACAAAAUUCCUCUAAAUUUUGCCAAGCGAUUGCUCCAAAGGCUAUUCAAAAUGACUUGAGUGCUGCUUUUUCUAAAAAAGAAGGUCAGUGGGACUGCUCUGUAUGCCAAGCAAAAGAUGUAAACUCCUGUUCCUGUCAGAGUCCAAAACCUCAAAAUCAACCAAAUACAUCCAUACCAACUGUUCAGGCACCUGCUGCUCCAGGGUUUGGUUCUGUUGCUGAUAGAAGUAAGCCACUGAAAAAUGGGUUUGAAGGGCUUUUUACUAAAAAGGAAGGUCAGUGGGAUUGUAGUACUUGUUUUGUGAGGAAUGAAGGUUCUUCACUAGCCUGUGUAGCCUGCCAAGAACCAAAUCCAUCUGGUAAGCCAGCUGGUGAUGCUUUGUCAACUCCUGCUUUUGGCUUGAAAAGUAAAUUACCUGAACUUGCUGGAGGACAGUUGGGAACAGGCUUUAAGUUUGGUCUUGAGCAAGGCAAGACACCACCAUUUACAUUUCAGAUUUCUUCUGAUACUGAAGCUAAGUCUGCAAAGGAAGGAUUUAACUUUUCAAUGCAAAUGCCUGAAGGUGGGUUUAAGUUUGGGAUACAGGAGUCUACUAAAAAUACUACUAAGAAAGAUGAACCAUCCAAAGAGCAUACAACGGGUUUCUUAAAAAGCAUUGAUGAAAAAGACAAAAAGGAAUUGCCUUCAGAUAGUGGAACUGGAUUCCAAUUUCAAGAAACAGUAGCCAAGGAGAAAAGUGACUUUGUUUUUGGGCAGAAUAGUAGCACUUCUACUUUUGCUGAGCUUGCAAAAAGUACUCCUAGGGAAGGCAUUCAAUUUGGCAAAAAGGAUCCUAACUUCAAAGGCUUUUCAGGUGCAGGUGAAAAGCUGUUUUCUUCACAAAAUUCUAAAACAGAUCACAAAGCAAACACAUCUGCUGACUUUGGUGAGAAGGAUGAUGAUGUGUAUAAGACAGAGGACAGCGAUGAUAUCCAUUUUGAACCUAUAGUUCAGAUGCCUGAAAAAGUAGAACCAUUUACAGGAGAAGAAGAUGAGAAAGUGUUAUACUCCCAGAGAGUAAAGCUGUUCAGGUUUGAUCCAGAAACAAGCCAGUGGAAAGAACGUGGGGUGGGCAGUCUGAAGAUUCUUAAAAAUGAAGUUAAUGGCAAAGUAAGGAUAUUGAUGCGGCGUGAGCAGGUACUGAAGGUGUGUGCAAAUCACUGGAUAACGACAACAAUGAACUUGAAACAGCUGUCUGGCUCAGACAAAGCAUGGAUGUGGAUGGCCAAUGACUUCUCUGAUGGUGAUGCAAAGUUGGAACAUCUGGCAGCAAAAUUCAAGACACCAGAGCAGGCUGAGGAGUUCAAACAAAAGUUUGAAGAAUGUCAGAAGCUACUACUAGAUAUACCUCUGCAGACACCCCAUAAACUUGUUGAUACAGGUAGGACAGCUCAGCUCAUACAGAGAGCAGAAGAAAUGAAGUGUGACUUAAAAGAUCUCAAAACUUUUCUGACAGAUGACAAAACUAAAUUGUCAGAAGAGGAAAAUGUAAACCCUGCUUGUGCCAGCAGUACUUCUGAUUUGGUUAUAAAGCCACAUGCUGAAAGUACAGGCCCUACUCUGGAGUGGGAUAACUAUGACUUGCGUGAAGAGGCAUUGGAUGAUAGUGUAAGUAGUUCUGUAUAUGCAUCACCUCUUGCCAGUAGCCCUGUAAGGAAAAAUCUGUUUAGAUUUGGAGAGUCUACCACUGGUUUUAGUUUCAGCUUUAAAUCUGCUUUGAGCCCAUCCAAAUCUCCUGCCAAACAGAAUCAGAGUAGAACAUCAGUAGGCACAGAUGAAGAUUCUGAUGUUACUCAAGAAGAGGAAAGAGAUGGACAGUACUUUGAGCCUGUGGUACCUCUGCCUGAUCUCGUGGAAGUGACCAGUGGUGAGGAAAAUGAGCAAGUUGUCUUCAGUCAUAGAGCCAAGCUCUACAGAUACGACAAAGAUGCAAAACAGUGGAAAGAGAGAGGGAUUGGCGAUAUCAAAAUACUGCAGAACUAUGACAACAAACAAGUGCGUAUAGUAAUGAGAAGGGACCAGGUACUAAAACUCUGUGCCAAUCAUAGGAUAACACCAGAUAUGAACAUGCAACAAAUGAAAGGAUCUGACAGAGUGUGGGUAUGGACUGCAUGUGACUUCGCAGAGGGGGAAAGAAAAGUAGAACUUCUGGCUGUGCGAUUCAAGCUGCAAGAUGUUGCAGACUCAUUUAAGCAAAUUUUUGAUGAAGCAAAGCAUGCCCAAGAGAGAGAAACACUGAUAACACCUCUUUCUUCUCGUGCCAAUACACCAAAGGAAUCUCCAUGUGGUAAAAAUGCUGUAGCUGUGCUAGAAGAAACAACCAGAGAAAGAACUGAUGUCAGCCAUGGUGAUGAUACUUCUGAUGCAACUGUAGAGGCUGCAGAGGUGUCAAAUACUUCUGAAACACCAACAAAAACAGUAGUUUCUCCUCCAAAAUUUGUAUUUGGAUCUGAAUCUGUCAAGAGCAUUUUCAGUAAUGAAAAGUCAAAGACAUUCACAUUUGGAAAUACUUCAGCCACGGGUUCUCUCUUUGGCUUUAGUUUUAAUCCCCCAAGAAAGAGUGAAGGCCAUAUUCCAGCAUCUCAGAACACAGCACAGAAAGAACUGGAAAUCUCAGAACCACCAAAAAUCUCAACUGCUACUCAGAAGCCUGUAGACAGCAAGGUAGACAACUUGCCUGCUUCAACACAAGAUGGACCAUCUAACUUUUCAUUUAGAGUUCUGGAAAAAGGAUUUAAUUUUAGCCUUUUUAAAUCUAAUCCCAUGGCCUUUUGGACAAGCACAUCCUCCUUGCAACCUGAUAGUAAAGGUAUUUACAUACUGCACUGAAUGUGUGAUAAAAUCACUCUAGCAGGCAUGGACAAUAACCCAGCUGUGUCAAAGCAGUUGGCUCAGUAGUCCUUAUAAUUAACAUGCAUGCUGAAGGAGAGUACUUGAAAUUGCGUGUCUGACUACUGUGUUUGUCCUGUAAAGAAUGUCUCUAGCCUUUAGUAUGUUUACAUGAGUCAGCACAAUGGAUGGCCCUGUUUAAGCUUUUGGCUUCUGUUUGCCUUAUUUUUUGAGGAUAUGUGCCCUGCACUUCUUCCAUCACAGUUUUACUAAGCAUGCACACUGGAUCUCUUAAAUUCCUUUUUUCUAGAGCUAUUACUUUGGUAUUUUCAAAAAAUGUCUUGUAGUGCCUGACGUGGUUAACUCCAUGUCAAUGAAAUGUGCCUGAAGAUCUUGAGGCAGCUUACCUGGUAAAGAGCUAGAAUGUAUUUAGCCUCUGUGGAAAUGUUUGCUUCAGUUUCUUGAUUAUCAGUAUUAACUUCUGCGUAGAAGAGAGAAGUGCGCAGAAAGUGAGAGCCGCCUCCUUAGCUGCCUCUUAUGCCUUUAUACUUCAUGUAUAAUCUGAAGCCCACUGUAGCUGGUUAGAAAACUUCUGCCAGUUUGUAACCAAUUUGUUUACACCCAGACCCUGUAAACAAAACUGUUACAGCUUAUAGUUUGAUUAUAUGUUACUACCUGUGCUGCUUGCAAGUAUGCUUGCUGUAAGCAUGCUCAACUUACAUGGGUUUAAAAGUAUUUUAAUUUUAAAUAACAAACUUUUAGUCUGCGUAAGACAGUCUUCCAAUUUAGAGUCUUACGUUGUUUUAAAAUGUCAAAUUGUCAUUCAAGAAGCUGUUCUUAUUUGAACACUGAAUUCCUGUAUCCAUAACCUAAAGUCACUUGCUCUGUGUUUUCCAAGUGUCCCUGUGGAUGGAGUUUAUUAACAAUUCAGUUCUAUUUUCAUAAUAUGAUGUCUGUAAUGUGAAGUGAUUAAACAUUCUGUGCUAAUGCACACAUGCAAGAACUUUUCCUACCUCAAAUUGAUUGUGAUUUUAUGUUGGGGGCAUAUGGCAGGGAGGAUAUAUUUAAAGAAACAAACAAAGUAAGUGUUUCUGGUAUUUAAGACUGUUCUUCACUUCUACUUUUCUGAUAAUUAGGUUGUGAUUAUAUAUUUAGUGAUUUAUUUACAGUUGAUAAUUGUCUUCAGUGUAACUUCUUGGUCUUUGAGCUCUGACUUAAUAGUAAGAGAUUUUGAGAAGUCCUUUCUAAAUUAGGUUUUCAAACCUACCCUAUACAAAUAUGAUGUGAGGCUUACUCAUGGGGAACCUCUUUUGGGGGAUGGUUUCUUAGUUGCCCUAGAAUAACAUUCAGAAGAAAUUUAACCUUGUAGUUCUGCACCUCCAUGCAUUUACAUUUUCUCAGGUCUGGUCAUAAACUUUGUAUAAGUUCUUGUUCUGGUUUUGGCUGGGAUAAAGUUAAUUUUUUCUCAGUAGCUGGUACAAUGCUGGGUUUUGGAUUCAGUGUGAGAAUAAUGCUGAUUGCACACUGAUGUUUUGGUUGCUGCUAAGCAGUGUUUACCCAAAGUCAAGGACUCUGUCUUCUCUCAUGCUGUGCCAUUGAGGAGGUACACAAAUAAAUGCUGAGAGGGAGCUUUGCUGGGACAGAUAACUCAAAGUGGCCAAAGGGAUAUUCCACACCACAGAAUAUCAUGCCCAGUUUAUAAACUGGGGGAGUUACCUGGAAGAGGGGCCAGUAGGGGUGCAGGAAUGGAGUCUGGCUUUGGUCAGCAGGUGGUCAGCAGUUGUAUUGUGCAUCACUUGUUUUUCCUUGAGUUAUAUUUUUGCCUUUUAUUAUCGUUAUUUACUAUUAUAUUUCACUUCUGUUUCAAUUACUAAACUGUUCUUAUCUCAACCUACAAAUUUUACAUUUGAUUCUCCCCCCCAUUCCACCAGGUUACAGGGUGUGAGCCAGCAUCUCUGUGAUGCUUAAUUGCCAGCUGGACUUAAACCACACCAGUGCUGUACAAGUUUGUCAUGUCAGUUGCAGGCUACUGUAGCUCUUACAUGCUUUAGGGUUUAAGCUGGUGCUUUCCUCUUUUAUUCAGAAGAUAUUGGUCAUUGCAUCAUUGCAUGAUCAUUGAUCAAUGCAUGAGAGGAAAUAUCAGUAUUGUGACUAGAGAGAUUUAGGCCUACCUAGUCUUAAUGUCAGUUCAAACAAAAGUGAAAAUACAGUACAGUAUUGAAAAGAACUGUUGUGCAUUAUAUUGUCUUGAAUGUUGUUUCUUCCAUAUACUAACAAUGUUUUGUGUGGAUUUUUUCACCCAGAGUAGAGAGUUCUAUUAUCCUAAAACCAGCAGUCUUUUCAGAAUACAUUGUAUGUAUGCAUGGCUCUUUGUUUUGUGGCUGCCUGUGAAGAUAUAUUUAAGAUCUUUGCAACAGUAGUCUUUGUUGUUGAAGUCUUUUAUCAUUUUGAGUAGAUGUUUGGAACACUAGGAUAUUAUUCCAGUGUUUGACAGAUCAGUUUCAUGGAGACCUUUACCUGUUGACUAAUCUGAAGUGACCUUAAAUGUAUUUCUCUUAUUCAGCUAUUUUGCCCAAAGGGAACUGAAAGAGACUGCAUGAUAACUCUUUUUAAAUACUGUCAAGCCUGAUGAGCAAUGAAUGUGGUAAAACACUGGAACAGUGUAUUUGUUGCCACAGCUUCUGGCUAAAUUUCUACUGCUCAAAUUAAAGAAAGCACAUGCUUUUACCAUCUACCUGACUGACUUGGAAGAAGUGUCUUGUAAUAUUCAAAGAUACAUUUUUGAAAAUUUCCUAGUCCUAAGGAAAGCUGGUUUUUUGCUGUAGCGCUAAAUGCUCUACAUUUAGACCUCUGGUGAAGUUGGUGCAAACUUACUUAGUCCAAUUAAGACACUUGUUUAACUAAUCUGAAAGAUUAAAACACAUGGUAAUAUGCAGGAUAUCUGCAUAUCUUCAUAACACAGUACUAGAUGUAGUUCUAAUCCUUACAUCAGCUAGGGUGAGUUUUUUGGAUAAGAUUCUGAGAAGAUGUAUGAAAACAUCUGUAGCCUGCAGUCAUGAUAUGAACUUAGAAAUUUGCUGUUCAAGAAUUAUAUCCUACAUCUGCUUUCUACAGGCUCAGAAGUUACUGAGAUCUAAAUAUCUGAGCAAGAACAACUAGUCAACAGGAGUGUGCUGGUGAUGAGUGCGAGUUACUUUGUAGCUCUGGUGUAUAAAUGCCUGAAAUGAUCAACUUGUAAUCAAAGGUGGGGCAAAGACUGCAGGGGUAGUACUUUAUAAAAAUACGUAAGUUUGAAUCAGUACUUGGGAUUUUGCUUUUACUUUAUACUGCUCUUAAUCUGGAAGAUACUUGUGAGAAAACUGCUUUUAAAAAACAGACUUAUUUUAGUGUGUCAUUUGUGUCAGAGGAUCAAAGGACAUGUCUGUAAAUGUGUCUGUUCUGUCCUUGUCUCCUCUUGCAAUGAUGAGUUAAAUUCUGUAAUCAGAAAAAUCUGUGUUUUUCAGGAACUGGGUACUAGUUUGUUUUCUAUGGAGAUUUAGGUUUCCUCUGACUAGCUGUGCACAGAUUUACAAACUAUUUUUUUUUUUAAUGAAAAGUACAGUGAGCUUUUGUGAUCACCCUCAGAUUCUUCUAACUAAAUCUGGAGAACAGAAAAUAGGCUGAGAUACUAAAGCCAUCAUUUUGUUCUUAGAAACAGCUAUUGUGGCUAUUGAUGUGCUUAUGGGGUAAUUAUUAAUAAUAGUUCACAGAUUUGUUUCUUAGACCUUUAUUCCCAAACUCCCCUUCUCAAAACAAACCUAAACAAGCAGAACCCCAGCCAAACCACGCCUGAUGUUUAAAUUGCUAUAUCCUCCCUCUGUUUCCAUUCUCUCAUAAUAAACAAAUAUUUGUUUCCAAAGCUGUCUGUUCUUACAGCCAUGUGUUUAUCUGCAGUUUGCUCUAGGCUCUGCCUUCAGCUUUAACCUUGGCACUGAUCAUGCACUCUUCUAGUACUGGUGGAACGAACAAGUUAAUGUUGAAAGAGAGAAGACAGAAAGCUAAAUAAUAAAAUGGAUGGUGAUAUUUCCUUGCUGCAAAAGCUAGUUAAAUAUGCUGAAAGCAGUAUUUUUUGUUUGGUAGUGGAAUUACUUUACUUUUGUAACAAUAAAAGUUUCAGCAAGAGCUAUAAUGGUAAAUUGACAUUAGCUAAUAAAAAGCUCAGCUAUCCAAUAAGUAAUCUGAAAUGAGUUCUGUUCAGUUGCUUGGACAGGUUUUUGUACACAACCUCACUUUUUUUCAGGCCUGAAGCAUGCCUGUUUACCUCUGUUUGAUACCUCUGUCCCGCUUCUCUUUAGUUGUCUCUUAUUUGACAUGAAGACUUAAUUAAACAAUCCUUUUAAUAAUACAAAGAUGCAGCCAUGUUUUGUUUUAAUAUUUGAAUUCCAAAAGCAGUAGAACAGCAUGUAAGUUUUGCUGUUCUGUCCUAGCAUCCUGUAAGUUUGAUUUUUGUUUCCUAUGUAUCAAGAGAAAAUAUGUAGCCCUUAGAAUUAAUUCAGUUCCGUAACAAUGUGGGGUUAAUGUUAUUUCCUGUUCUGAAAUGAUUCACUUUUAAUGGUU